CUUCAUGUGAAAAGAGUGAAUUAGACUAGAUAUGGGUAGAAAGAGAGAUCAAGCUGCUGCUCAAGAAAUCAACACCACAGCUGAGGGCACAUACUUUAAACCUUAUUCUGUAUAACAAACGCGCGCAAGCAGACGCGUUCAUAUAAACAGAACACACAAGCCUCUGUUCUCACCCAUACACCUCAGCCAGACUGCAGAUCCACAUGCGCGCGUUAUGACCGAAUUAAUGGCAAGGAAUGGCAUGGACGGUAAAACCGUGCUUAUCCGUGCGCGCGGGCGGGGGCCGGUGAAGUGUCCUGUGGGUUCGCCUGUGAGCCCGUUUAUACUGGAUCGGCCGCUGGAAGCGAUUGAUGUUGAUCCGAGGAGAAGUGGGCGGACUACAGCGACCGGGGUCGGGAAGAAUGGAGUGGAAAAGGAUGGAAAGCUGCUGUUUUGGAAGAUACUGCCGAACGAAGAGAAGUUGGUUGUGAAAACACAUGCGGUGGAGUGGUUUGUCGGCGGGGUGCUCCACAGACGAUUUGGAUUCCAGCACGAGACCGUCACGCAUGCAGUGUUUACUUAUUUCGAGGACCCCGCGAGACCAGGGAAAGCACAUCCGCCGGUGAACAUCAAGGGGAGACUGAACAUCCCGAAUCCAAACAGACCAGCGCAGAUGUUUCAGAAACGGGCAAUCGUCAUCUUCAUCCACGACUUUGCACACAUCUAUUUCGUCUCGGGAGCGCAUUAUAUUGCCAGUAUCCCCUUCGCCGUCCGUCAAGUACUAGCAACCGACCGAGGCUUGCUUAUAGAAAGAGCGGUUCCCGAACAAGAUGCAAACCUGUUCCCCUCGAGCUUUCUAAAUCCUGCGUCGAUUCCACAGCAUAAUAUCCCCAGUUUGCAAAACAUGCCGCGGUUUUUUUCGCUAUCGGAUCCGUUGAUGGAGUUGGGGCUUGUUACCAAGAUGUCUGGGUAUGGAAGCUCUUUGUCUGAUGCUCAGUUUGCUGCCUCUGAACACCUUGUGUUUGUGUCUGAUCGGAUACAGCGGCCUCCUCAGCACGCGCUGCUCGCGGCAACAUACGAUCCUUCCACAAAAAUGCUCAAUAUCUAUCAAUUUUCCUACGUCUCUAACGACGGCAACGCUCCCGCCCGUCGAAGGACAAUGUCUCGACGGAGGUCAUCUAUGCUGCACUCACUCAAUGAGGACAUCUCAGCUGUCGACAGCUCUCUUCCUCUCGAGACGCCUGGCAAUCGACGGGUUUCGGCUUCGAGACACGAUACCUCGCUGCAGGUUGACCGGAUGGGUGCUGCUGGACUUGAGAUACCAGAUGGGGUCAGCGGCGGGUCUUCGACUGCCGGGCUUUUCUUGUCGUGGUGGUACGAUGUCGAGACGUUGAAGCGCGAAGUGGAGUUUUCGCUCAUCGAAGCUUUUCCUUUUGAUUGUGAAAGUGCAGAGCGAGGAGUUGAUUACACGGAUAUCAAGGCAUUCAACUUAGUUCAUCAAGAUCAGAAGAAGCAGACGCUAUGCUUUUUGAACAGGGCCGAAUCAGUUUUGUUUGUUCUCACGUUCUCCUUAGAGGGUCAUCGUCUGCGAUUUGAGAACUCGACCAAACUAAACGCUCUGGAUGCUGCGCCUCUUUGCGAUACAACCAAUGUCUCGGCGUCUUUAUAUUCUAGACGGCCAUCGAUCUUCGUCGUUGUUCCGGAUCGUACAGCAGCGAUAUUCGAUCCCAUAUUGCAGCUGUGGUCUCCCCAGGUUGCCUUGCGAGGCGCAAUUCUAUCGGUAGAUCAGAUCUCGGACGCAAAGGUCUCAAUCCAGAUGAUGAACACAGAGAUCUACGAGACUGAGAUCGUUCUCUACCCGCGGCCGCUAUACAUUCAAAAGGCAGCACAGAUUAUCGAGACGAUGAUGACGCCUGCCCAGCAGGCUGUCUUUGAGUUUUAUUUCUCUGCCGCGUUGCAUCGCUUGGAAGCGAUCAGUGACGAAGUACCGGUACACAGCGACUGGAAAGCCUUUGUGAUCUCCCUUCUCGUAUUCUGGAUCGGUCCCGGAUCGACGCUCGAGAUGCCUUCGAGCGGGACCGAGCGCACGUUUGAGAAUUUCAUGGAAAGACAGGUAAAUGCUACUGCUUUCAACACCAGUCCGACGCCGUACAGCUCUUGGCCUAAACUAGACCCAACGUCUACUUCUGCGCAGAAAUGGUUUCUGGCCGAGUAUGUGAACGAGGCCGUACUCCUUGCCAACGAAUUCAAGCAGCAGUACGCGCCCGACGCGUCCGCUUGCUCGCCAAACACACGUGCAUAUAUCACAGUUGCUCUGCACCUCUUUGUCGAGGAACUCAAGCUAGAUAUUGUGUGCUUCGAGGCGAAAAUGAAGAUUUCUACGCUUAUGGGGCAGUUGGUGCGGUGGUUGGGGUGGGAUGAUGAAUGGCGGGAGGCUUAUAUCACGUCAGGCGUCACGUACGACGAAGUAUGCCGCUUUCCUUCACAGAAAAUCUUGUCUAGUCCACCGGGUAUCUUUAGCACUAUGUACGAGGUCCUGACAACGUUCAACGUGCCUCCAAUGCCUACGCUCUACGACCUAUAUUCACAACAGGAAUGGGAUCCCGCAGCAAGACCUCAGCUGACAAACAAAUACCUAACAUCGCUACUCCCACGAUCGUCGUUCGUCUCGGGCAUGUUCAAGAUCCUGGCCAAUCCCGCCAAGGAGUCGAUUUAUCGCGACAUCAUCGAGUACAUUUUCUCGUCAAUCGAGAUUCCCAGCCCAUCACCCUCCACCAGAUCCGAACGAACUCUGCUCCCAACGCACGCCACGACUACUAACCGCGGCCGUUUACUCAAUGACGAGAUCGAGCGGUAUCCAGAAUGUUUUGUGGUGCUAUUCCGGGAAGCGAUUUUGUGGUGCCAGGAGAAUACGCCUAUUGAGUGGGGUGUGGAUCUGCUUGAAUUUAUCGGGCGGCGGGAUCUGAAGAAGUUGGUGGAGACUGCGGAUCAAAGCGAGCAGACUCUGAGUCAGAUCACCGGGCAGCACCGACGCAAUCGUGGACGCGAACAUCCGCGAGAGAUGGUACAUAUUGCGCAAUCUAUAACAUUAGAUACAGACUCAACAGGUCCGUGGGAUGGAUCACUAGAAGCCGAUCACGCGCUUCUUUCUCGACUCAUAUUUCGAGAGGACAGACGGUUAUCUGAAGUCCAGAAGAUGCUGCAGACCACGCGAAUGCAGUCCGAAAAGUUCGAGUACAGUCAACUGUCCUCCACUUUCAACGAAGCAGAUAUGCAUUCUGCGCAGCAAGAGCUUGCAAGAAUGGUUGGCACGCGCACGUUGGCGGUACCGGUUGGCCGGGGCGCGAUUCUGUAUUGUGCGAGAGUGCCGUUGAUGACGGAGAAGUUCCCGAUUCCAAAGAUGAAUUUCAACAUUUUGAUGAAACCUAGUAUGGCGACGAUCACUGUCGACAAGCACUUGCUGACGGAGGAAAAUAUUUCGUGGGGAUUGUUUCACAACGGCGUUGCUGCGGGUUUGAGUGUUGCGAAGGAUGCGAAGGAGAUCACGGGAUCGUGGAUAGUGUACAACAAGCCGGCGGCGCUGAGUUCGCAGCAUGCCGGGUUCCUGCUAGGUCUGGGACUGAACGGGCAUCUGAAGAAUCUAGCAGAGUGGCAUAUAUACAACUAUCUGCGUCCGAAGCAUACGCACACGUCGAUCGCGCUGCUGCUGGGAAUGUCGGCGUCGUAUCUGGGGACGAUGGAUCCGAAGAUGACAAAGGUGCUGUCGGUGCACGUGGUUGCUUUGCUGCCUUCGGGGUCGGCGGAUCUGAACAUUAUGAGAUCGAUGCAGACGGCGGGGAUUAUGGGCGUCGGGCUGCUGUACUACAACUCGAGGCACCGGCGAAUGAGCGAGAUCUUGAUAUCUGAGAUUGACCAGCACAAUGCGUCAGGAGUGUUGCGAUCUGCUCACGGGAACCGGUACUCAGAUAGCUCAGCUAAGCAAGCACAGAGCAAUAUGCAGAACGGCAGUGCGACGGAUGGAUCAGACAUCUCAAAGGAUGAAGGCUAUCUGCUUGCGGUAGGGUUUGCACUGGGCUUGAUCAACAUCGGAGCCGGAGCGGAAGGAAGCGAGAUUGGCAGUCUGACGGACUUGCAUCUGAUGGAACGGUUACUGGCGAUCAGUACGGGGACUACCGGGAGCAAUGGCGGAGGCGUGAACGGGUCGUAUGUUGGAGGGGGUGGCGUUGCAAGCCGGGCGUCUACGCAGAAGCAUCAUCUGCUUGAUCGAUGCGCGUCUGGGAGUAUCAUGGCUCUGCUGCUGAUAUAUCUCAAGACGGAGAACGAGGGAGUGGCGCAGAAGAUUGACGUUCCAGAGACAGAGAUGCUGUUUGAGUAUGUUCGGCCGGAUUUGCUGCUGCUCCGGACGCUUGCGAGCCGGCUUAUAAUGUGGAGCACGAUCGGUAAGGACAUGGAGUGGAUCAUGACGAGCAUUCGACCAUUCCUGCGGACGCGUGCGAAUCUACAGGAUAUCGUCGAUCUUGACAGUGAUGAUCUGCCGCUGCUGAAUAUAGUCUGCGGGUUAUGCUUUGCAAUGGGCGUAAGAUACGCGGGGUCGGUUGAUGCGCAGGUCAAGCAGACGCUGAUUUAUUACUUGGAUCACUUCAUGCGGCUGUGCUCGCUGCCGGCGAAUACGCACGACCAGCGGAUGACGAAAGCAACUGCUCGGACAUGUCAGAGCGUGCUGGUGCUCGCGGUGUCGGUGGUGAUGUCUGGGACGGGGGAUAUUGAUGUGAUGCGGCGGAUACGGAAGCUGCAUGGAACGGUUGACGCGUUUGUGAGUUAUGGAUCCCAUCUGGCGAACCAUCUUGCGCUUGGCAUCUUGCUGCUUGGAGGAGGGGAGUAUUCUAUUGAUACCGGAGGUACGAGGAGCAGCAGGCCGGCAGCUGAGACUGAUGGGUCUCCAGAGCCAGCCAGUGACGAGAAGCGAGCGGAUGGGGAUGAUAUGGGGUAUCUUGCUACGGCGGGACUGAUUAUUGCGCUAUACCCGCAAUUUCCCAAUGACGUGCUAGACAACCAGGUGCAUUUACAAGCAUUCCGUCAUUUCUGGACGUUUGCGUGUCAACGGCGGUGUCUUGUUGUUCGGGAUAUUGAGACGUUGAGCCCGGUGGUGAUGCCAAUUACAGUCAGUUGCAAGAAAGACAGAGACUCUGAGGAGUUAGUGCAGAGACAACUUACGGCGCCUUGCUUACUGCCUCCGCUGGACACGAUAGCGUGGCUGAAGACGACGUCGCCUGAGCACUGGCCAGUGACGCUAGACUUACAAACCAACGAAGCGCACAGAAAGGCCCUCUCUCAGAGCUUGACGAUAUACACCGAGGACCGCAAGAGCGGGCAAGUACGCCGGCGCAAGGACGGCGCGGUUCCGUUUGGCGACGUGCUGCGCGGGCUCGGGCCACCGCUGCUGGGAGAGAUGGCGGCGGGGACGGGAGUGCCGGCGCGAGGAUGGAGUGAGGAGGAGAAAGUGCGGGCGUACGCGGAGACGCUGCAGCGGGGAUGGAGCGGGCUUGCGCCGGCAGUGGAGGGGUCGAGCGCGGUCAUGAAGUUGCUCGAGGUGGGACUGCAUAGUGAGAUGGAUCAGGCUGAGAAAGCUUUGAUAGUUCCCCCUGGAGGUGAGAUUUGUUUAUCCUGUUUUGAUAUUUUUUUUUAAUCUGCGUUACUUGUUGCAGACUGCUAACUUCGAGAUAGUGCACACGCGACGGCCUCAGAUUGAGUCUACGAGCGCCGACAUAGCGGGGAUGCUAGCAGGAUUCAUAGAAAGCCCCACAUCGGUGGACGACCUCUGGAAUGUUAAAGUGGCAGUCGCGGGUUUCCCCAGAUGGGCAGAGUCAGCGGGUGCGCUGGAGGCUGUCUCGACAGACUCGACCACUAUCAAGACUACGGAAGCAGGACGGCCGCUGGUAUUCGUGCCGCGCGAGACGGUCGAGAGAUUGAAGGUCGGUAUAUGGCGAAUGCGGCAGAUGGCUGCGGACCAGAAUUGAUCAUAUUGCGGAUGUAUAUAUAUCAUUAUCAGGGAAGA